AUGGCGGAGUCCGCAGGGGUGUGGGUGUGGAUGUGCUGGAAGACCGUGGGUAAAAGAUUUAGUCUUCUUGCCUUUGUCUCAGCCUGUAAGAUAAUUGAAGGACAAGGACAUGGUGCAGUUUUUGACUGCAAGUGCUCUCCUGAUGGACAGCAUUUUGCAUGUACUGAUUCUCACGGUCACCUUCUGAUUUUUGGCUUUGGUUCCAGUAGCAAAUAUGACAAGAUAGCAGAUCAGAUGUUCUUUCAUAGUGAUUAUCGGCCCCUUAUCCGUGAUGCCAACAACUUUGUCCUGGAUGAACAGACACAGCAGGCUCCACACCUUAUGCCUCCCCCUUUUUUGGUUGAUGUGGAUGGCAACCCUCAUCCUGCAAGGUAUCAAAGGCUAGUUCCUGGUCGUGAGAACUGCAGGGAGGAACAGCUUAUCCCUCAGAUGGGAGUGACAUCUUCAGGUUUGAAUCAAGUUCUUAGUCAACAAGCAAAUCAGGAAGUUAGUCCGUUGGAUAGCAUGAUUCAAAGACUUCAGCAAGAGCAGGACCAGAGACGUUCUGGGGAGGCAGGAACCAGUAGUACCAGCCGGAUAAGCAGAGGAUCUGUAAGUUCUACCUCGGAAGUACAUUCACCACCAAAUAUAGGGUUAAGACGUAGUGGACAAAUUGAAGGUGUGCGUCAGAUGCAUAGCAACGCACCAAGAAGUGAAAUAGCCACUGAGCGGGACCUUGUGGCUUGGAGUCGAAGGGUUGUAGUGCCUGAACUGUCUUCUGGUGUGGCCAGUAGGCAGGAGGAAUGGAGAACAGCAAAGGGAGAAGAAGAAGUAAGGGUAUAUCGAUCAGAAGAGAAAAGAAAACAUGUAAUGAGUCACAUUCAAAGAGAAAACAAAAUACCUGCUUUCUCUAAGAACCAUUCUCAUGAUCAUUUACUAGACACUAAUGACUCAAGAAAACAGCAAGCUAAUCAGCACAACUACCGUACAAGAUAUGCAGUAGAAGAAACUGCAAGGCCUGCUGAAGAGUUAGAAAAUGGACACAGUUCCUCAGAUGAAGGAGAAGUAGUUGUUGCCAGUGGUGGAACAUCAGAAGAUGACGAAAGAGCAUGGCACAGUGAUGGCAGUUCUAGUGACUACUCUAGUGAUUAUUCUGACUGGACAGCAGAUGCAGGAAUCAAUCUGCAACCACCAAAGAAAAUUCCUAAAAUUAAGACAAAGAAAGCAGAAAGUAGUUCAGAGGAUGAAGAAGGACCUGAAAAACAAAAGAAGCAAAUUAAAAAGGAAAGGAAAAAAGGGAUUGAAGAGAAAGAUGGACCAUCGACAUCACCAAAGAAGAGGAAACCCAAAGAGAGAAAACAAAAGAGGCUGGCCGUAGGAGUUCUGACAGAAAACGGUUUGACACUGGAAGAAUGGCUGCCUUCAGCAUGGAUUACAGACACUGUUCCUCGUCGGUGCCCAUUUGUGCCACAGAUGGGGGAUGAGGUCUACUAUUUCCGACAAGGUCAUGAAGCAUAUGUUGUAAUGGCUAAGAAGAACAAAAUAUAUAGUAUUAAUCCCAAGAAACAACCAUGGCAUAAAAUGGAAUUACGGGAGCAAGAACUGAUGAAAAUUGUUGGGAUUAAGUAUGAAGUGGGAUUGCCUACUCUCUGCUGUCUUAAACUAGCUUUUCUUGACCCUGAUACGGGUAAACUAACUGGAGGAUCAUUUACCAUGAAGUACCAUGAUAUGCCGGAUGUCAUAGAUUUCCUAGUUUUGAGGCAGCAAUUUGAUGAUGCAAAACAUAGGCGAUGGAAUAUAGGUGAUCGUUUCAGGUCAGUGAUAGAUGAUGCUUGGUGGUUUGGAACAAUUGAAAGCCAGGAACCUCUUCAGCCUGAUUACCCUGAUAGCUUAUUUCAGUGCUACAAUGUCUGCUGGGACAAUGGUGAUACUGAGAAGAUGAGCCCUUGGGACAUGGAGCUGAUACCAAGUAAUGCUGUAUUUCCAGAAGAACUGGGAACUAGUGUUCCUUUAACAGAUGAUGAGCGUAGAACGCUGCUCUACAAACCUCUGGAUGGAGAGUGGGGUUCCAGGACCCGAGAUGAGGAGUGCGACAGAAUUAUUGCAGGGAUAAACCAACUCAUGACUCUAGAUAUUGCUUCUGCAUUUGUGGCACCUGUGGAUCUUCAAGCUUACCCAAUGUAUUGCACUGUUGUGGCAUAUCCCACAGACCUCAGUACCAUAAAACAAAGACUGGAAAGCAGAUUUUACAGGCGCCUUUCUUCAUUAAUGUGGGAAGUCCGGUACAUCGAACAUAAUACUCGCACAUUUAAUGAACCUGGAAGUCCUAUUGUCAAAUCUGCCAAAUUUGUCACAGAUCUUCUGCUACACUUCAUAAAAGACCAGAGUUGCUAUGACAUCAUUCCAUUAUACAAUGCAAUGAAGAAGAAAGUAUUGUCUGACUCUGAUGAGGAAGAAGAGAAAGAUACAAAUGUGCCAGGAACUUCCACUAGAAAAAGAAAGGAUCAUCAGCCAAAGCGGCGGCUACGUAAUAGAGCUCAGUCGUAUGACAUUCAAUCAUGGAAGAAGCAAUGCCAGGAGCUGCUGAAUCUCAUUUUUCAGUGUGAAGACUCUGAACCAUUUCGACAACCAGUGGAUCUCCUUGAAUAUCCAGAUUAUAGAGAUAUUAUUGACACUCCUAUGGAUUUUGCUACUGUUAGAGAAACGCUGGAAGCUGGCAACUAUGAGUCACCGAUGGAGUUAUGUAAAGAUGUGAGGCUCAUUUUCAGCAAUUCCAAGGCCUAUACACCAAGUAAAAGAUCAAGGAUCUACAGCAUGAGUUUGCGCCUUUCUGCUUUCUUUGAAGAACACAUAAGUUCUAUUUUAUCGGAUUAUAAAUCUGCCCUACGCUUUCAUAAAAGAAAUACAAUAAAGAAGCGACGGAAAAAAAGAAGUAGAAGCAGCUCAGUUUCCAGUAGUGUUGCAUCCAGCCCUGAAAGGAAGAGGAGAUUAAUAAAACCUCAGCUGAAGGCAGAAGCUUCUGCCACCUCGUCAUCUUCUGCACCUGCACGGUCAACAGUACUGAGACAUGCUCCACCUCAGAUGAAUGGAAAAGCAGCUGAAACUGCUUCCCUUGUGCGGACUCGAAGCAAUAGGGGGAUAACAGAUGUGGCUGUUACAGAGCAACCAUCUACUUCUUCAGGAGCAAAGCCUUUAACAAUAAAGCCUUUAAUUACAAAGUCCAAUACUACUGCAGGGUCAGGAAAGUCAGUACUGGAAAAUUCAACCAAACAUUCCAAGAACCAGAAUACUGUAUCAAUCCCUAGUCAGUCUGAUUACAGUCAUAAUACUAGGAAUAACUCCACAAGAGAAAAUCCCGAGAAAGAGAAGCAAAUCAAGCGCAAAGUAAAAUCUUCCACUGUUAAUCAACAAGAUUGCAAGAAUAAUGCCUUGGCAUCAGGAAGCAUUCAGGUAAAUGGGCACGGAGGACAGCCUUCAAAGCCUCCAAUUAAAAGAGGUCCCGGACGGAAACCGAAGGUGGAGACUAAUAACAGUAGCUGUGAAGUGGUACACAAGAAAAGAGGCAGAAAACCAAAAAAGCUACAAAUUAUUGAGCAGCAAAAGGUUGCAGAACAGAAUGCAGUCCAGACUGCAAGGGAUAUACCAGAAGAAGCCUCUGCUUCUACUGCAUCCAAUUCUCUUUCUGAAAAUAAUAUGAAGGAAGACUUGUUACAAAAAAAAGGCCGUGGGGGUAGAAAGCCAAAAAGAAAGAUAAAGACCCAUCAGCCGGGCUCGGACGUUUUAGUUCCUGCGAAUGUUAAAAUGCAGACAAGAAGCAGGAGGAAAAAGAUAGACGAGCCUAUGGAGGAGGGGUCUGAAGAGCUUAAAGAUUCUGAACCUCACAUGAGAACUAGAAACCAGGGUAGGAGGACAGCCUUUUACAAUGAAGAUGACUCUGAGGAAGAGCAAAGGCAGCUAUUGUUUGAAGACACCUCCCUAACUUUUGGAACAUCUAGCAGAGGCAGAGUCCGAAAGUUGACUGAAAAAGCAAAAGCUAAUUUAAUUGGUUGGUAA